UUUCCUCCAUCGCAGCUCAUCGACUCGUUUUCUCCGCACCGUAUUAUCCGCUGCUGCAGCUUCCUCCUCCGUCGCAUCGUCUCUCUCUCUCUCGAGCUAGGGUUUACUUUACCCCACCUUCCUCCUCCGGCGUUUCCAGCGAGGCUGCGGGGUGGUUUCCGGCGACCUGUGCGUGCUGCGGGGUGAGCGACUGAGCAGGAAGAGAGAGAAGGCGGGGGGAUGGGAUACGACGCCAUGGCCCACGACGCGUCCUCCCCGGCGGCGGCGGCGGCGCGGGACGCGAAGAAGAAGCGGGGGAACCGGUCGGCGGCGAAGCUGAAGCAGAGCAAGCUCGACGUGCGGCGGGAGCAGUGGCUGUCGCAGGUGAAGGAUGGGAAGGAGGUGAAGGCUGUGGUAUCCCCUGGAACAGCGGCAGGAGCUAACUCUGGGUCACCGAUACUUGCCUCGCCACACCCUCCUCUCCCUCGCCGUCGUGCAGAGAUACGGACAAGGGAAGGGGAGCCAGAGGAUUACAAGGAGGAUUCUGUUGGUGCUAGCCAGGAUGUUGGUAGCAGUGAUCAUGAUUCCCCGUUGCACAGCCCUGUCUCCUGCAAUGCCCCUGUUGGCUGCUUGCAGCAGAAGCACUGCUCAGGCAAUGGUGGCGGCCGUAGCUUCAGCAGCGGCAGCAGUGCUUGGUCCAGCUCUCGAAGUGGGACUGAUUCCGACGAUGACACUGGUGAUAGCCCAGAGAAUGAUGAUGGAGUUUUGGAUGAUUGGGAGGCUGUUGCUGAUGCACUCUCAGUGGAUGACAAUCAUAACCACCAGGAUCCAAUGCCAGCAUCUCCACCAGUCAUACCUACAUCAUGCCCAGAACCUGCUAAUGGAGCAACAAGGCAAGAACCAAUCAAGAGCAGAACAAGAGCUUGGAGCCCAGAUGAUGUAUUUCGUCCACAGAGUUUGCCCAGCCUCUCCAAACAAGUCAGCUUCCCAGCUAGCAUGGGUAAUUGCUGGGUGGCAAUGGGGAUAGGAUCUGCACAAAAGGGAAUCCUUUCAUUGCCGAUAUCCUGCCCUAUAUGCUACGAGGACCUUGAUCCAACAGAUUCGAGCUUCCUCCCUUGCCCCUGUGGUUUUCAUCUGUGUCUCUUCUGCCACAAGAGAAUUCUCGAGGCGGAUGGGCGAUGUCCUGGCUGUAGGAAGCAGUACACCCCAGCAUCUUCAGGUGGAGGAACAAUUGGAAAUGAAUGUGAGAUGGGGAAUUUGCGUCUGUCCCGUUCUUGUAGUAUGGGUCCAAGAUACUAAAUUGGCAGGGUUAUGACCUAGAUAAUCGUUACAGUUCUUCUCUAUGCAUGCUACUGUUUAGUAUGUUACCUACGUUUGCCUUUUGAUAUAAAGAAAUGUGAAUAUCGGCAUAGGCUGUUUAAUCGCAAUAGAAAGUUCACCAGAAAUUUGUUGUCUUAUGAUGAGUUCACUUUGUGUAUGUUGCAUAUGUUGCUGAGAGGACCCUUUGUUAUUCAUGGUGUGUGAGUAUAAAUAAUAGCUAUACAGUGUGUUUGUUAUCUACU